UGUACGUCUAGUGCAGAACGGAUACCGAAAAGAAGGUAAAGGAAGAGAAUAAACCCCACGUUCUCAGGUGAAACAGGGACAUGUCAGCUAGCUUUCCAUGGUAAUACUAAAGUCGAGUAGACUGGACUGAAUAGGGACGGCAUAGGAGGCGGUAAAUAGCCAUCUCAGGGCCUGUGAACAACAAGACCUACAAGUCAUCUUUUUGUGCCGGAGUGGAAAGCGGAAUAAGAGGAGCAGUCGCCUCGCAGACGGAAACCCGCAGCCAGAGCCUCAGUCGGUCCAACAUGAAUCCUGAAUAUGACUAUCUCUUCAAGCUCCUGCUCAUCGGAGACUCCGGUGUGGGGAAGUCCUGUCUUCUGCUUCGGUUUGCUGAUGACACGUACACAGAAAGCUACAUCAGCACCAUUGGAGUGGACUUUAAGAUCCGCACCAUUGAGCUAGAUGGCAAGACCAUCAAACUGCAAAUUUGGGACACUGCGGGUCAAGAGAGGUUUCGCACUAUUACCUCCAGUUACUACCGUGGAGCCCAUGGCAUCAUUGUUGUGUAUGAUGUCACAGAUCAGGAGUCCUACAACAACGUGAAACAGUGGCUUCAAGAAAUCGACCGCUACGCUAGUGAAAACGUCAACAAGCUUCUGGUGGGCAACAAAUGUGACCUCACCACCAAGAAAGUCGUCGACUACACAACAGCCAAGGAGUUUGCCGACUCCUUGGCCAUCCCCUUCCUGGAGACCAGCGCCAAGAACGCCACCAACGUGGAGCAGGCUUUCAUGACCAUGGCGGCCGAGAUCAAGAAACGCAUGGGUCCUGGGGCCACGGCUGGUGGGGACAAACCCAACCUGAAAAUCGAGAGCACCCCUGUCAGGCAGUCUGGAGGGGGUUGCUGUUAAAAGGACGCUAAUGCCCCCCCCCCGGAUACUCCCCCCCCGGAUACUCCCCCCAGCUCCUCCGUCAGCAGCUCCUGUACAACCACCGCUGCCACUGACCAGGAUUCAGCCUCUCCUUGAUUUCUCUCCUCCUCCUCCUCCUCCUCUUCACUGGGCCUAAAGCAACGACUCCUGAUGACAACUUAUAACCUGCCAACCACUGCUCUGUCCCCAUCUCUGUGGGGCAGAGAUGGAGAUGGCUGUGGUGCCCACCACUGCCCUGUCCCCAUCUCUGUGGGGCAGAGAUGGAGAUGGCUGUGGUGCCAACCACUGCCCUGUCCCCAUCUCUGUGGGGCAGAGAUGGAGAUGGCUGUGGUGCCAACCACUGCCCUGUCCCCAUCUCUGUGGGGCGGAGAUGGAGAUGGCUGGAGAAGUGGAGGUCAGAUAGAACGAAACCGAGGAAGCAAUAGUUGCUGAGAGCAGGGGGUAGAUAAAAGAACAGAUGAGAACUCGGAACGGGUUGAGCGAGGGCUGUAUCUCCAUGCAAAGACAAGA